CGAGAAUUUGAUAUCUCUUUCUUUUGAUUUUUUUAUUUUUCGAAGCCUUGUUUCAAAUUGAACGAGCUUUCUUCCUUUCCAUUACAUCUGCAAUUGGAUGAACUGAGAAAUUUUAAUUGGUAUUAUCGAAAUCGAAAUGGGUGAGCGGUGGAGACUCGAUAAGUUCAGGUCUCGCGUGGUGGUGUUGCUGUUGAUGUGCUUGUUCAAUCAUAAUUGGGAGUUAUGUUUAUCUCUUAAUGAAGAAGGUUUGGCACUGUUGAGAUUUCGAGAGGGAGUGGCGACAGAUCCUUUUGGUGCUCUAUCGAAUUGGAAUGAUGAUGAUGGACUCAAUGAUCCCUGUUCCUGGUUCGGAGUUGAGUGCUCCGACGGUAAAGUUGUGGUUUUGAACUUGAAAGAUCUUUGUCUUGGAGGAACACUAGCCCCUGAACUUGGGAAUCUUAUUCACAUAAAGUCUAUCAUCUUACGCAAUAAUUUAUUUUAUGGUGUCAUUCCUAAAGAAUUUGGAGAACUUAAGGAGCUGGAGGUGUUAGAUAUGGGAUUUAAUAACUUCAGUGGAACACUUUCAUUUGACAUUGGCGACAACCUAUCCCCGGGAAUCCUUUUACUCGACAACAACUCUCUCGAAGGCAUUUCUCCUGAGAUUCAUGAGCUUAAUAUGCUUUCUGAACUUCAGGUAGAUGAGAGCCAGCUACUUGAUACUGCUCAAGGAACAUCAUGCCGAAGAAGAUCCACUGCACAGAGCAAUGCCAAAUCUGGAAAUGUAGCGCAAAGGAGCCUGCUACAGGUGCCAGAUAAUUCUACCACCUCCCAAACCCACCUGCCCCACCAAAAAAAUCCAUCUCCCUCAGAGUGGCCUUCACCAGCCUCAUUAUCAACUCCAUCACAUUCUCCAUCACCUUCCCCAGCAGCAUCUCCUAAUAGCAUCUCUCUAACACCCGCAUCCUCACCUGCUCUAACACCAGAUUUAUCUUCCCCUAGUCCAGCAGAUCCACCUAUCUUUGUUCCUGCACCAACACCAUCCUUUUCUGCUCCAGUUCCUUCCCCUUCAGAAAGCCCUGCCCAAUCUCCUUCACCAAGCAUUGCCCAGCCUCCUUCUGUAACUUCUGCUCAAACAUCUUCUGAAAGCCCAGCUGCAAGUUCCAAAUCAAAUCACAAAAUUGUAAUUCUGGUUGCAUCCAUAGGGGCUUUCUUUUUCAUUUUAGUUGUGGCCACCGGUUUUCUCCUCUGUCGAAACAAUAAGGUGGUCACUGUCAAACCUUGGGCCACGGGGUUAAGUGGGCAGCUGCAGAAAGCAUUUGUAACAGGUGUACCAAAACUAGGGCGAUCAGAGCUACAAACUGCUUGUGAAGAUUUCAGUAAUAUAAUUGGUUCCUCAUCAAAUGGCACAAUAUACAAAGGGACGCUAUCGAGUGGAGUUGAAAUAGCUGUGGUAUCUACUGUAGUGAUGUCUACUAAGGAUUGGUCAAAGAAUUUUGAGGCCCAGUUCAGGAAAAAGGUAGACACAUUGUCAAAAGUGAACCACAAGAAUUUUGCGAACCAUAUUGGGUAUUGCGAGGAAGAGGAACCUUUCACAAGGAUGAUGGUUUUUGAGUAUGCUCCGAAUGGUACACUCUUUGAGCAUCUACACAUAAAAGAAGCAGAGCACUUGGACUGGGGGGCACGGUUGAGGAUCGCAAUGGGAAUGGCAUACUGCCUGGAGUACAUGCACCAACUGAACCCACCUGUAGUUCAUGAGAAUCUGAACUCAUCCACAAUCUACUUGACUGAAGACUAUGCUGCCAAAAUUUCAGAUUUUGAUUUCUGGCAUGAAGUAGUAGUAACUUCCCAAGUGGGAUCAGCUGCCACAGAUCUGUUGGAUACACCAUCAUCCAAUCCAGAGAGUAAUGUGUAUAGUUUUGGGGUAGUACUAUUGGAAAUGAUAACAGGUAGGCUCCCGUACUCGGCAGAGAGUGGAAAACUUGUGGGGUGGGCAUCGAUCUAUUUGAGAGGAGAGCAGCCCUGCAAAGACAUGAUAGAUCCGAUGCUGAAAUCUUUCCAAGAAAAUGAGAUUGAUAAACUUUGUGCAGUUAUAGCUUCUUGCAUACAUCCUGACCCAAAGCAGAGACCUACAAUGAGAGAGGUUGUUGGCCAAUUAAGAGAGAUUACAGCACUCGGACCUGAUGGAGCAGUACCAAAACUAUCUCCUCUUUGGUGGGCAGAACUUGAGAUUCUGUCCACAGAGGCAUGCUAAUGGGAAGAGCCGAAGCUUGUUAGUAUUAUGAG